AUGAUAAUAAAUAUGUUUUUGAUGCCAUUAAUUGUGGGCUUUAUUGUAUUGAUUGUAUGGUAUGUUUACCGAAAACUCACGUUUUGGAGUCGACUGGGAUUACCAAAUGACCUCUCGUCUAGAAGUGCACAACCCUUUCAUUUGUCUGAUUUUCAAAGUCAUAGGAAAUACGGCAAAACUGUGGGAUUUUACGAAGGCUUGAAGCCAUGUCUGUCCACAAUAGACCCGGAGUUAAUUCGCGCCGUUUUGGUGACCGACUUUCACAAGUUUGCAAACCGUCGGAAUGCGACCACACAUAAGGAUCUGUUAAACAGUUCCCUAUUCUUUGCCAAAUAUCCGAAUUGGAAGCGAAUCCGAGCCAUACUUUCGCCGUCGUUCACAACCGGGAAACUCAAGAGUUUUAAGCCAUCGUUUGGCCAAUCGUUAGAUGUUUUGAUCGCAAAACUAAAGUCAGAAAUAAAGUCAAACAACACAAUAGACUUGCGGCCCAUAUAUGACUCGUUUGCGUUUGAAGUGAUAUCAAAGUCGGCGUUUGGUCUCAACACCGAUAUCAUCAAUAAUGCCAAACACCCGGUCUUCGAGGCGGCCAAGAGUUUCUUUCAGACGGGUUUCACUGUCAAGACUUUCCUAUUCCCAUUAUCUGGACAUUCAUUUCUUUUCAUCAAUAAUGCCAAACACCCGGUCUUCGAGGCGGCCAAGAGUUUCUUUCAGACGGGUUUCACUGUCAAGACUUUCCUAUUGUUUCUGUUCCCACAAUUAGCCCAUUAUCUGGACAUUCAUUUCUUCAACGAAGAGAGUCAGCAAAUAAUCGCCAAUUUUAUCAAACAAGUGAUUAACGAGAGAAUUGCCAACAAUUUUGAAGUCAAAGAUCUUUUGCAAUUGUCUAUAAAUGCCAGCGUUUUCUCUCCCAAAGUCACAUCGAAUUCAUUUAAAAAAUUGAGCGAGGAAGAACUUCUGGCACAAAGUAUCAACUUUAUGGCCGCCGGUUACGACACGACAGCCACACAAAUAUCAUUUAUAACUCAAUUUUUAGCACUAAAUCCCAACUUUCAGACAAAACUCGUGAAUGAGAUAAACAGUCAUUUCGGCGAUCAGUCGGACGUCGACUACGAGUCAGUCAUGAAAAUGCCUUAUUUGGACGCUUUCUUCAAAGAAAUCAUGAGAUUUAACUGUUCGGUCAACAGAAUAGACAGAAUUGCCGAAAAUGAUUGUGUGUUAAAUGGCAUAUCUAUACCGAAGGGCACAUCCAUUAUAAUCCCCGUUUGGGCCCUACAUCUGGACGCCGACCACUACGACGAGCCCAAUGUCUUCAAACCGGAAAGAUUUUUGCCUCAAAAC